AAUGAGAUUGUUGAAAUCCAGAAAGGCCAAAAUAAGAAAAAUAAGAAUCAGCGUUGUGCUUGUCUGUCUUCCCUCCCUUCUCUUCUUAUACGUUUUCUUUUGUUCACUCUGUAGCACACCGCCCAAACCUCUCUAAAGAAACUCUUUCUUUGGGUUUUUUUCAGUCUUUCUCUUGAUGGGGUUGCCCAAUUCAAAACCCUUGUUAUCUUUCUUGAAAUUGUUCAUUCUUGAGAUUUUUCAAUCUUGAUUUGUGUUUUCAUUGAAAGAAUUUGAAAACUUUAUUAGUUUUGGGGUUGUUUCUAGGGUUUUUCUUUACUUGUUCAAAUGCAAUUUACCAUGAUUUUGAGCAUUUGUUUUCAGUUUCGUUUCAGCAUUUGCUCAAUUGGAUGGUUUUGUGAUAACCCCUUUUGAUUUCUUGGCUUAAAGAUUGGAACUUUGUUCAAAUUCUUUGUUUCCAUCAGUUGUUUUGCUUGUUUUUUUUUUGUUGUUUUUAGGUUGUGAAUUGAUUUCAUCAACUUUUUUGGUGAGGAGGGAAGCUUUGAUAAGGUAGGAUGAAUAGUGUUUUGAAUGAGCAGAUACUUGCAGACAAGCUUUCGAAGCUUAACACCACUCAGCAGUGCAUUGAAACAUUGUCUCAUUGGUGCAUCUUCCACCAAGAUAAGGCAGAGCUGGUUGUUACAACAUGGGGUAAACAGUUCCACAGUUCUGAAAUGGCUAAGAAAGUCCCUCUACUUUACCUUGCAAAUGACAUCCUGCAAAACAGCAAGCGUAAAGGAAAUGAGUUUGUCACAGAGUUUUGGAAGGUUCUUCCUUCAGCACUCAAGGAGAUUGUCGGAAAAGGCGAUGACCAUGGAAAGAAUGUAGUUUCCAGAUUGGUUAAAAUAUGGGAAGAAAGGAGGGUGUUUGGAUCUCGAACACAGAGCCUGAAAGAUAUAAUGCUUGGAGAAGAGCUGCCACCACCAUUAGAGUUUGGAAGAAAGCGAAGUCGUUCUGUCAGAAUAGUUAAAAGGGACACGCGGUCCAUAAAAACGAAAUUGACCGUUGGAGGAACAGCUGAAAAAAUAGUGUCAGCAUUUCACUUGGUGGUCCGUGAGCAUUCUACUGAAGAUGAAGAAAUGAGCAAAUGCAAGUCUGCUGUUUACCAUGUGCGAAAGAUGGAAAAGGAUGUCGACAUGGCCCUUGCAAAAGCAAACUAUCCAAAGAGAAAAACCCUGUCCAAAGAACUGGAGGAGGAAGAAAGUACUCUGAAACUGUGUAUUGAGAAACUUAAGGUUGUUGAGACAAAUAGAUUGUCUCUUGUAUCACAGUUGAGAGAAGCACUAAAUGAACAGGAAUCUGAACUAGAGAACGUUCGGACUCAGAUACAGGUGGCGGAAGCACAGGCAGGGGAAGCCAGCAACAUGCGGAAGUAUCUGGAUGAUGAAGAUUAUGUGGGACAAAGAAAACCUUUGGCUUCAACAACAUUUACAUCAAAUGACACCUCUGCAAAAGCAGGACAAACAAGCAAGAAGACAGCUGCAGCAAUCGCAGCUGAGGUAGCUGACAAGCUUACAGCUUCCAGUUCCUCUCAGUAUAUCAUGUCUUCGGUCCUCUCUACAUUUGCUGCUGAGGCGGCUAAAUCUGCGGAGCUGUCAAAAUCUUCAUCAUAUCCAGCCACCAACAAUUUUAUUUCAAAACCAGAAAAGUUUCUAUCAGAUUCAAAUGUUUUGAUGCCAGCACAGUUGCAUAAUCCUCCCCCAAGUAACCCUUAUCAGUCAAUGCUGGUUCCUCAUCCCACAGUGCAUCCGGGUCAAUAUCAGUCACUUACUAAUCCAACAUCCCAGCAGUAUUUACAGCCAUCAGCAGGAAUGAUGAGCCCUUAUAGUUAUGGGAGUAUUCCUGCCUUGCCAUCUGUACCAACUCCACCAGCACCAGCACCAGCACCUCCAUCAUAUAUGACUUUAACACAGCAACCAUUGUCGAUGAUGCAGCAGGCUGUAACACAACAGCAACAAGUACCGUUACCUCACCAACCACCUCCUCCUCCUAAUUUCCGUCCUGUGACACCUAUCCAGCCUCCUGGAAUGGUGUACUAUUCUCAACCACAUCAUUCACAAUGAGAGAUUACUCUUUUCAAACCUGACCAUUACUUCUUGGUAUCAGAAACAACAAAUUUCCAGAUGUGAAAUUGUGAACAAUAGGAUAUCGUUGGACAAAUCAUGAACCGACGCAUAGUGUUAUAUACAGGGCAAGAGCAGUUGGAUAGUGCAGGUAAUAGAUUAUCAUUAGUAUUUAUUUUUCCAUCUUCAAGACAGUUUAGAAAAUUCUGCGAUGAUGAGCGUCUUCAUCCGGUGUUGUCAUUGUUGUUCCUUGGGGAUUCUUUUCCUGUUUUUCCGUUUCAUCAUACAUGUAACAUUAGCAUGAUGGCAGGAGCUGGUGAGAAUUUUGUAUUACUAGUUAAAACAGGAUAGAAGAACUAGGCUUUUCUGUCUCACAUAAACUUGGUAUAUGAAAUAGACAGCUUUUUAUCCCCAUCA